UUAGACGAAGAAGAACGAGUGUAAAGCGUCGUGCUGUGGCGGAAAACAGCUCACUCACUCUCGCUUGUCCACUAGCGGCUACAGCUGAUAUCGAAAUGGCGGCACCAGCAGAGAGGAUGGAGGGGGAGAGCUCAGCCAAGCCUGCUGCAGAGGACAUGACGUCAAAGGAUUACUACUUUGACUCUUACGCUCACUUUGGCAUCCAUGAGGAGAUGUUGAAGGAUGAGGUGCGCACGCUGACCUACCGCAACUCCAUGUUCCACAACAAGCACCUGUUCAAGGACAAGGUGGUUCUGGAUGUUGGUAGCGGGACUGGCAUCCUCUGCAUGUUUGCUGCCAAAGCUGGUGCCAAGAAAGUCAUUGGGAUCGAGUGCAGCAGCAUCUCCGACUACGCUGUUAAAAUAGUCAAAGCCAACAAGCUAGAUGAUGUUGUAACCAUCAUCAAGGGCAAGGUGGAGGAGGUUGAUCUGCCAGUUGACGGAGUGGACAUCAUCAUUUCUGAGUGGAUGGGCUACUGCCUCUUCUACGAGUCCAUGCUUAAUACUGUCCUGUACGCCAGGGACAAGUGGCUGAAGCCGGAUGGGCUGAUUUUCCCGGACCGCGCGACGCUGUACGUCACUGCCAUUGAAGACAGGCAGUACAAGGACUACAAGAUCCACUGGUGGGAGAAUGUCUAUGGGUUCGAUAUGUCCUGCAUCAAGGAGGUAGCCAUCAAGGAGCCGCUGGUGGAUGUGGUGGACCCGAAACAGCUGGUCAGCAGUUCCUGCCUCAUCAAGGAGGUGGACAUCUAUACAGUGAAGGCAGAGGACCUGAGCUUUACCUCACCGUUCUGCCUGCAGGUGAAAAGGAACGAUUACAUCCACGCUCUUGUCACUUACUUCAACAUUGAGUUCACACGCUGCCACAAGAGGACCGGCUUCUCCACCAGCCCAGAGUCCCCGUACACCCACUGGAAGCAGACGGUCUUCUACCUGGAUGACUACCUGACAGUGAAGACUGGGGAAGAGAUCUUUGGCACCAUCAGCAUGAAGCCAAAUGUGAAGAACAAUAGAGACCUGGACUUCACAGUGGACAUCGACUUCAAGGGUCAGCUGUGUGAGGUGUCCAAGACUUCAGAGUACCGGAUGCGUUAGAAGCCACACGCCGCCCUCAACAGUCUCUAGUUUGUCUUUAGAGGACAGAAGUACACGGUUUGACCUGGAGUGUUUUCCUCAUCUCAACGCUCCUGCAGCAACAUUUUAAAGUGUCUUUAUUUUUGUCAUUUUCUCAUUCAAAUGUUAACAGUAUUUAAAAGGUUUUCACAUUCUUGAGGUCAAAGUGAAUCUGCUUCAUUAUACAGUUGUCAGUCAACAUGAAGUGACAACUUGUUUUUUUUUUUUUUUUUUUUAAACUUUGGGCCUCUUAUCCAGCGCAUGCAUGUGGACAUGAACGCAACGUUCCUGUUUCCAUGUUUGCUCAGAUAACACUGGAUCCUUCCGUUUGGUUCCGAUCCAGCUCUUGUUCUCCUCCUCACAACUGUGUCAAACUGACAUCAUACGUGUCACAUCAGCCGAUGUUGAGGCCCCAGGGCCAGAUGUGUAAAUGAGUGUGAACAAUUUUGCUCAUACCAUUACACAACUUUUUUUUUUUCUAGCACUUUCAUGCUGAUAGUGGCGCACAAUACGCUCGUUUGUCGACUUGUGUGUCUAAGUGAACUCAUGAUGCUGCUACAAAUAAAUUCGGAUCAGCAGUCGUGAUGACACAGCAGUGUCGGGCUUGCCAGAGCAUGAACACACUCCACUUGUUGAAGUGGCUUUGUGCCCUGAACCUUGGUCCUGGUUUACAUCAUACGUUAGUCAAGUGACGUUUCAUGCACCAGCCGUCCACCAUUUUGCUUUGACCAAACCAAAAUCCUCCCUUGUGAUUCUUUUUAUAGUCUUUCCAUUAUUUAAGUGUUAAUUACUGCAGUGUCAGAAAAGGAAAAAAAAUAACAGGACCAGAGAGAGAGACACUGGGCUCCUUAAGAACCCACCAUCUCUUUCAGCAUGUUGGCCUCAGUCAGGAUGGCGUCAGUGUGUGGGUCUCUGCAGCGCGUUCUGCUGCCGUGGACCUCAUCGUUGGAAUUUGUUCCCCCCGUUCUUUUUUGUAUUUUGGUUGGCUGCUUUUUUAUAUGAAAACUAAUAAACUGUAAAUUUAA